AUAGCCGCCAGAGUGCUUAUCGCUUAUUAGUUCAGUUCAAGAGUAUUUCGAUGUGAUUUUUUCAAGAGAAAGGAUUCACUCCUUAUCCGAAGUUCCAAAACAAUUGUGAAUAAAAAAAGAUUUUGCCACGCCAACGUUUCAACAGGGAUUUACUUUUGGCAAAUCAUCACAAAAACAUGUCGGAUAAAUUACUGCAACUCAUUGUACUAAUAGCGGUGUGUUUGUUGUCUGCGAAUCAAGUGUCUUCUGAUGAGGAAUCGUGUGUUUCAUAUGGUCCAGGUGCUGGAAGCCAUGUUUAUCCAAGCGGUGCCAAAUCGGACGGUCAUCAAUUGCAAUACACUAAAGCAGUCAUCUCGAAGCCGGCUCCACUUUUCGAAGGAACAGCCGUCGUCAACGGGGAAUUCACACAAUUAUCGCUCACCGAUUACAUUGGCAAAUAUGUAGUGUUCUUUUUCUAUCCACUGGAUUUCACGUUUGUUUGUCCAACGGAAAUCUUGGCAUUUUCCGAUCGCAUUAAGGAAUUCCAGAAGAUCAACACUGAAGUGAUUGCAUGCAGCGUCGAUUCGCACUUUACUCACUUGGCAUGGAUCAAUACGCCACGCAAAGAAGGUGGACUUGGCAAAAUUAACAUUCCAUUAUUGAGUGAUAUAUCACACAAAAUUGCAAAGGAUUACGGCGUUUACCUCGAUGAUUUAGGGCAUUCUCUUCGUGGUUUGUUCAUCGUUGAUAAUCGUGGCAUAUUGAGACAAAUCACGAUGAAUGAUCUACCGGUCGGUCGUAGCGUCGAUGAAACAUUGCGUUUAGUUCAAGCAUUCCAAUACACAGACAGCCACGGUGAAGUGUGUCCAGCAGGAUGGAAACCAGGUUCAGAUACCAUCGUCCCAAAUCCAAAGGAGAAAACAAAGUACUUUUCAAAGAACAAUUAAACUUGAAAAACUGGUGCCAAGCAUUGAGAGCUGAAAUCCAUAACCCAACACACCCAUCAAUCAAUGGAGAUGGAUAUUCAUUAGAGUCUAAUACCAAUCACAAUCUUAGCAUUACUGUAAAUAGUCAAAAUAUGAUUUUGUACAAGCAAUCUGGAUCUCACUCUAUGCCCAGACUUUUACCCAAACAUCUUUAAAGAAAAUAAAUCAGAUAAAAAAAUGGAAUGUGCAAAUCUAAUAAA